GCUCCGUAUUCGAAGUCGUGCUACACAUAAUAAUACGAGAUACGGCGGAGCAACGUUCCGACCGAUCGUGUUUCCUUCAGUUCCCACCUCCGCGGUUCCGCCCCUAGCGCAUCCCGCCGCCCAUGGCCGCCGUCGUCUCCGACCUCGUCGACUUUCUCAACGCCUCGCCCACCGCUUUCCACGCCGUCGAUGAGGCGAAGCGACUGCUGAAGGCGGCGGGGUUCGAGCAGCUUUCGGAGCGGGAGGAGUGGACGGGGCUUCAGCCCGGCCGGAAGUACUUCUUCACACGCAACCACUCCGCCAUCGUCGCCUUCGCUAUCGGCGCCAAGUACGUUGCCGGUAAUGGGUUCCACAUCAUUGGCGCACAUACGGACAGUCCAUGCCUGAAGCUCAAGCCUGUCACCAAGAUAACCAAGGGAGGUUAUCUUGAGGUUGGAGUCCAAACCUAUGGAGGUGGAUUGUGGUAUACAUGGUUUGACCGUGAUCUUACCAUUGCUGGUAGGGUGCUUGUGCGAGAGAAGAAGGACGGUGUGGUCUCUUAUGGACAUAAGCUUGUAAGAGUGCAAGAGCCUAUCAUGAGAAUCCCCACUUUGGCUAUUCACCUAGACAGGACUAUCUCCUCGGAAGGUCUCAAGAUUAACAAUCAGAAUCAUCUUGUCCCAGUGCUGGGCACAUUGAUUAAGCAUGAAAUGCAGAAAUUAGUGGAAGGAAAUGUUCCAGGGGAGUCAUCCGGUGGCGAAAACACAAAGCACCAUCCACUAUUGUUGCAGUUGAUUGCUAAAGAGGCUAAUUGUGAAGUUGAUGAGAUCUGUGAUUUCGAGCUGCAGCUGUGUGAUACCCAACCAAGCGUUGUAGCAGGUGCCAUGAAAGAAUUCAUCUUUUCGGGAAGGCUUGACAACCUUUGCAUGUCAUUUUGUUCACUGAAGGCCCUGGUGGAGUCAACUUCUACCGACCACUCUCUUGAUCAUGAAUCUGGCGUCAGGAUGGUGGCUCUAUUUGAUCAUGAGGAGGUUGGUUCUGAUUCGGCUCAGGGAGCUGGUUCGCCUGCAAUGCUGGAUGCUUUAACAAGAAUCACAUGCUGCUUUAACCAUUCAAAUUCCAAGUUGCUAGAAAAGGCUAUUCAAAGGAGUUUCCUUGUAUCUGCAGAUAUGGCUCAUGCCUUGCACCCCAAUUAUAUGGAAAAGCACGAGGAGAACCACCAGCCAAAGUUGCAUGGUGGACUUGUGAUUAAGCACAAUGCUAAUCAACGAUAUGCUACAAAUGCCGUGACAGCUUUUAUUUUCCAAGAAAUUGCUGAGAGGCACCAGUUACCUAUCCAGGAUUUUGUUGUUCGCAACGACAUGGCUUGUGGGUCAACAAUCGGGCCAAUACUCGCCAGCGGUGUUGGUAUUCGUACUGUGGAUAUUGGAGCACCACAAUUGUCUAUGCACAGCAUCAGGGAGAUGUGCGCCGUUGACGACGUCAACUACUCAUAUGAACACCUCAAGGCAUAUUUUGAAGAAUUCACUGAAUUGGACAACAAAGUCAAAGUAGACUGCUGAGGUGUAGUAGGCAACCAUAUUGGGUCAGCAGAACCUGUACUUCUACAAUCACAGCUACAAUGAAUAAUUAGUAAUGUCAGAUUAUGUAUGUUAGUGAAGACGUGAAUAAAUCAUGGAAAAUAUGCAUGUUUUUCUUUCU